ACCGGUACUUCCUUUGAUGAAAUAUCUAAAAUCCCAAAAUUCAGAUUGAAACAAAAUUUUCCCGAAAAAUUCUAAAUCUUUCCUCAAAAUCUCUACUCUUUCUAAAAAACAAUAAUAGUAAUAAUUCUAUUUAAGCUCAUGAUUAAGUUUCCGAAUUUUUCUCUAUUUUUCCUGCUAUGGAUUGCAUCGAUCGCGCAGAAAUGCUUGUGCUCUUCGAUCAUUAAUCCGUCUAAAGUCAAAACUGUAUCAUGGAAACCCAGAGCAUUUGUUUACGAAGGAUUUCUUACGGAAGAUGAAUGCAACCAUUUAAUAUCUAUUGCAAAAUCAGAGUUGAAGAGAUCAGCGGUAGCUGACAAUGAGUCUGGAAAAAGUAAAUUGAGCGAGGUUCGGACCAGUUCCGGAAUGUUCAUCCCAAAAAACAAGGACCCUAUCAUUGACGGCAUCGAAGAGAAGAUUGCUAUGUGGACAUUCCUACCAAAAGAAAAUGGAGAAGACAUACAAGUACUUCGUUAUGAGCCUGGACAGAAAUAUGAACCUCACUAUGACUACUUCGUCGACAAGGUGAAUAUUGCUCGUGGUGGACACCGCAUUGCGACUGUUCUUAUGUAUCUUACUGAUGUUGAGAAAGGGGGUGAAACAGUGUUUCCCUCAGCAGAGGAGACAUCUCGUCGCAGGUCGGUUUCAGUUGAUGAAGAUUUAUCAGAGUGUGGACGGAAAGGUAUUGGAGUGAAGCCACGGAAAGGGGAUGCCCUUCUUUUCUUCAGUCUUCAUCCAGACGCAGUUCCUGACCCUACCAGUCUCCAUGCGGGUUGUCCUGUAAUAGAAGGUGAAAAGUGGUCAGCGACAAAGUGGAUUCAUGUCAAUUCUUUCGACAAGGUUGUUGGAUCCGACGGGACCUGUGCAGAUGCACAUGAAAACUGUGAAAGAUGGGCUUCCCUCGGGGAAUGCACCAAGAAUCCUGAGUAUAUGGUCGGAUCUUCAGAUCUUCCGGGAUAUUGUAGGAAGAGUUGCAAAGCAUGUUAAGUUUUUAAGCAGAUGCCUUCUGUAGACUCCGUUUGAUUAACUAUUGCAUUGCUAGUUCUUGUGGAUUUUGCUUUCUUUGUCACACGUCGUUUCCUGAUUCUAAUGUUGUUGUAAUACGAAUAGAGUAUGCUCAAUAGUAGUUGAUGGGGAUCAGGGAUUCGGUUUGCAAACUGUCAGAAUGCAAUGUGGUAUUCUGUCAAAGUAUAUGUAUUCUGUUCUUCUUUUCUGAGACCCUGCAGAAUCCGUUACCUGAUGAGACACAGUAUAUUCAUGUGCUUUAUGUUUUGUAGCAUUGGAAUUCAAUAAGGGAUGUACCCAUAUUUAGUAAUUUUUCGUCUUCUAUUCUUCA